AUCAGAGACGUUACGCCCACGAGAGCGCCAAGAACGGAGAGUAGGUCCACCAUCACACGAGAAUUGCCCGCUGAGAGACAUGUCCAAACUUUUGAGCUAUUCGAAGCUUCUCUUGUGCGAAUUUUAGGUUGACGCAGGUGAUUUCUUUCUGGAUGCUGCACCGUGUCGGCGACGAGAUCUCGCUGCCCGCACCCGCUACGCCAUGCAACCAAAAAGGCACGGGAUAAUUGCUCUCAGUCUCGAAGUUCCAAGAGUGGAGAUAAAAGCGACAUGUCUCGCAGCCUGUAAAUCUUCAUCACUUGUCAACCAUGACAGGAACACCUGACGACAUGGAGACCGAAUUAUUCAGUCCCGCCUCGCCAAAGUCCGAUACUUCCAUGUCGUCCGCUGAGGUUCGCAGACUGGUCUUCGAACGCGACGAACUCGCAGCCCAACUUGCCCCGGAGACUUGGCUCGAAAAUCGGCUGACAGAGUACAUAGGCGACUGUAGGACCAUCAGGUUUCUAACUGAGGAGAUGGAGAGAGUGAAAAAAGAGAGGGGUUCUUGGGAGGACUUCACGCGUCAGGUGCGGAAGGUAUUCGACGAGUACAAUAACGAUGCGGUGAUCAAAAGUUGGCUCGAUGGUCGUGUGGACCCGGAUGUUCCGAGCGUAGAGAUCGUUGCUCGAGUACAGGAAUUCCUAAAAGAGUUGGACGAGUGUAGGAGCCAGUAUCUGCGGGGAAGGGAGGCAGUGCACAACGAUCGGUCAAAGUGGUAGAAGUGCGGAGAGUGAUUUGUUAGUUCUUUGUUUCAGUCGUUGUCUUUUCCAAUCGCUGCUUGUUGAAUAGUCUUAGAAGUCAAGUCUUUGGGUCUUGGUUCAAACCGGGAGGUUAUGUGCAAACGCAAUUGU